CACGUCGAACUCCAAAACUUCGAUUUGCAAUGUCAAACGGGUGAGUGUGGAACGGUAGGCCAACUGGCACGAUCAUAUCCGCUUGGUUGUCGACACCAGCAUGGGAAGACGACGGCGCAACGUGUUGCGCGCGGGAGUCCUGCUCCUGGGAACGUUGGCAUGCUUCAGCCUUCCCACGACGAAUGCAGCGAUGACGUUCGCGUCGGACGCCGCGUGGUGCGACUACCACUGCUCGAGCUACAAUCCAACCAAGCACUCGUCUUGCCCUGUCUUGUGUCCGCAUGCCCGCGUCUUGAAAGAUGAGGUUGAUCCUCUCCAUCUAGUACUCUGCUUGUCCAACGCGACUGCGACUGCGAAGCCAAUGGUGAUGUUUCCCGUAUUCCCCAUUGGCGCGGAGUUUAGUGCGUUUUGGACGCAGUACCAGGCGACGAUGGAUCUUGAGUUGGACGGGCCGGACCCCGUGUUGACAGCGUGCUCGUUGGCGGCGCUUCCAGCAUCGACCUCCUUUGAGGCGCCCUCACCGACAAGUACCUUGCCAACCCUAGUCAAGUUGACACGAUCUCAAGUUGAACACACAAUAAUUGCACAAAUCCGGGCGCUUCUGCACGACGCAUCGUCCCUACGACUCCUCAGUCGUAGCAACGAAAUCGAUGCUGGAAGCACAGUCGCCCUCGUGCAUGCAACCACAAGCGAAAUCGCCGCAAUCAAGCGCCUUACAGGUGUCUACCACGUGCUUCCUUUGCCGCCCUUCAUGAAGCUGAGCCCUCUUGCUCGAUCUCUUAUGACGACCACUACCGCGAUUGUCAUGUCCCCGCCCUUGGACAUUGCAUUCCUCGACCAUGUUGCGCUGGAUGCGGCGCUAUUGACUCGACUCAAUGCCGGCCUGGCCAACAUCACGGGCGUCGACGGUCUCUUGCACCUUUCACCCAUGAACGACAGUGUCGUGAUGCCGUCGUUGGCCAACUUUGAGACAUGGGUGAAAGCUGUCUUGUGGCUCUGUCGGCAUCCCACAGUGCUCUACGUGACCAAACACACAAAGCUCCAAACGCAAACCCUGCCACCGUCCAUGUGGACCUCGCGACGGCUGGAUGCAGAUACUUCCAAUCUCAUGGGCACUCUGGAGGCACAGUCGAACGGCAUAUUGGGAAAUGGAGUUGUCGUGGCCGUGACGGAUUCAGGGCUGUAUAUGGAUCACGACCAGUUUGACCAGCCAACUCCUCGAGAAUUCAACCGCAUCAACUUGAAUGCGAGAAAGGUCGUCCUGUACCACGCGAUUGGCGAUCGAGUCGAACAGUCCGAGACAGUCACGUGCGGUCAUGGCACCCACGUCGCUGGGAUUGUCGCCGGGAGCUCGUUUAGUGGUACUUCGACCAAUGUCGGGUUGGCGCCGAAUGCAAAAAUCGCGUUUGCAGACAUUGGCACCCAGGACCCAGUGUGUGCCAAUCAGCCAGGUGUCAAAUGCCCUGUUCGACUAGCUACUCCCAGCAACGUUUUGGACCUGUUGGGCCGUCAGCUGGACGCCGGUGCACGUAUUUUCUCGUUUUCUUGGGGUCUUCCAGGCGACGAUUACAGUCGCCAAGCGCGAGAUUUCGAUCAAUUCGUGGUCAACAACCCGGAAACGUUGCUCGUAAUUGCUGCUGGAAACUCGGGCGACAAUGGCUCUGGCACCAUCACUUCUCCAGCUGGGGCCAAAAAUGCUUUGACGGUCGGGGCGUCGCUGAGCUCCGUGGAGAGUUUGCAAGAGUCACUUGCGUGUCCAACCGUGUUCAACCCCCAAAGCGUUGCGUCGUUUUCGUCACAGGGUCCUACGUCGGACGGUCGACUGAAGCCGGACGUGGUGGCGCCCGGCCAAAUUCUCGUGUCGGCGCAGAGUGAGGCAAGCUAUUCCACGGUCAAAACCAGCCGACUGUGUCCGCUUCAGGGCACUUCUCAAUCGACACCGGUUGUGGCAGGCAUGGCCGUUUUGCUCCACGAAUGGCUUCGUGAUGGGUGGUGGAAGGACGGCGUGUUGAACAAGGCAUUUGGAAUGACAUCGAUCCCCGCCGCCUUAAUCAAGGCGCUAAUUAUUCACAGUUCGCGCGGACUGACAAGACGACUGAACAACAUUCGAGGCAUGAUUACGUGCAAAUUCGCCGAAGCCCAGGCGCAGCCGUUGCGUCAGUACCCCGACAACAUGCAAGGGUAUGGACUUCCGGACAUGUCGACGUUGGCAGCGUUUGGUCAAAGCCUGCCCAAGGUGUACUUUUUACCCAACACGAGUUCGGCCAACUCGCCGUCGAUUGCCCACAAAGGCGUACACAUUUACAGCUUUGACGUUCGGCCAAAGGAAUCGCUUCGAGUCACGCUGGUAUGGAAUGACCCGCCUGGAGCCAUGUUUGCGACGAAAAUGCUGCAAAACGACUUGGAUUUGUCGAUCUCGAUUCCGAAUUCCACUGUAACUAUUUAUCCUUUGAGCGGCACGAACGGCGGCAAGGACUCAGUCAACAACGUCGAAAUGGUGGUUGCUCCAUACGACUUGUUGAGACAAUACACCAACGCCUCUGCUAACGACGCCAUUAUUCGCGUCGAGGCGCGCGUUGUGGGGUUUUCCGUUUUGGUGGGGCUGUCGCAGCCUUAUGCAUUGGUCGCGUCGGCCGGCAUGACCAGCGCACGCGGUGGUGACAGCUCAACAUUUCCAUCAAGCACGCUAAACAAGACAACAGCGCCUUCAUCUGCCGUUGCAUCAAGAGGUUUCGUGUGGGAAUCGUGGAUGACGAUUACAUUGAGUGUCCUGGGUGGUGUGCUUGUCCUCGUUGGCGCUGUCGUGCUGAUCGUACGGAGAUUUCGAACCGCAGACCCCGAAGCUCCUUACGUAACACCCCAACAGACCCCACGAGGGGAUGCCACCUGGUCUCGUCCUUAUCCAGGUAAGAGGCUACAGUGGCGGACUCGAUGAGCACGUCUCAUCCAUUCGUAGCUGGCGUCAGGGGAUCGGUCAACGACACUGGCGGGAGAUCACUUUCAAUCGAGCAAGACGUGUGCCCAUACUGCGGGUUUCUCACCCGAGAUGCAGUCAGUCUCGUGGACCACGUGCAAAGGUUCCAUCCGUAGCUCUUGAAACGACGGUUCGUUCGUUCUGCUGGUGGAAAACAGCUUCUCCGACUUAAAAAUUAACUGCACCAAGUGCGCUUUCGUGCGUUCGCAGCAAGACUGUUGGGGCUGGGGACGCACUGAGGACAUCUGCAGGGACACAAAGCCAUGGCCAAGGGUCGCUGGGGUGUGUGGUGGCAUUUCGGUUUCGACAGAGCGCAGUGUGUGUUGACAACGAGCCAUGGUUGGCGUGUAUAAAUAAAAGUGUCGAG